AUGAAACUUUGCAAAUCUACUAAUGAAGAGAUGGGGAAGAAUAUAAACAAAAAAUCAAGAUAUGAAAAGUGA